AUGGGACAAACACCCAGCACCAACCAUGCCAAUGACUCUAGAAAUAAAGUUCAGAGAGCACUCACAAAAACUGAAAUCUACAAUCUUUACUAUACAAGAUGUUUACAAGUGUUGAAGCCACUGGAACUUGCGUUUGUCAAAUCCGUCGUGCGUGACAAUAAAGAUGACGAGAAAGGAACCAAGGUUGUAUCGAGAGAUAAAUUGCUAGCCCAGUUCCUCAACGUGUCCACAACAAGCUCGGAUGGACUGAACAGACUACUAGAUAUCUUGUUUCCUAUCAUGAAGCGUUUAGGUCAGUUUCCAUUCUUGCAGGAUAAUGUUGCUGCCGGUCAGGAAUUGACCUUACAUGAGUUUGUGAUUGCACUCACAUUUAUUCUGGCAAGAUACACCAAGAUGUUGGGUUCAAGCUUUAACUUUUUGGGGCUCUUGUUUGUAUCGCUCUCGCAGGAUAAGCUGAUCAUAGGUGCAGAUAUUGAUAAAUUUGAGGAAACGCCAGUUGAGAUACCUUUGAUACAUCCGUUUGAAGAAUCAGACGACAUGAAUCUCAAAGCUCGAAAAGUUGACUGGAAAAACUGUAGUGAGUUUGGAGACAUGGAAGAUGUUGCAACGCAGACAAGAAUAGACGCAAGUGGUUUUGUUACAGUGACUACAUUGGCACUCAUUGCUAAAUCCAUCCCGUUACUGAAACAGAGCACAAUGGGUAAUCAACUAAUUUCAAGGAUACGCCAAUGGGACGAAUUUGAACUGUACGCAGUAUCCCUAUUGAGAUUCGUCAAUGUAAACUUACUGAGCACGAAAUUGGAUGGGGAGACGAUUCUGUACCAUGAGUUUUCCCAUGUGGUUACGGAGCUUGUACCCAAUUUGUAUCAAGACGGGUUGAAAAGACUCGCUGCUGAACUUUUCACUCUGCCGAAAGCGGCAACAGAUACCACCAAAGGAGGUGACGAAGAUUCUAAUGAACAAGCACAAAAGAAGCAUUUCACAUUUGAGCCCACAAAACUAGUAACGCCUGCGACGCUUUGCUACAUUUCCUCACUCUUGAAAGGCAGUGGGAGCAAUUUACAAGUUACGACGGAGAAUGCAGUAAAGUUGUAUGCAGGUUCCGAAUCCGGUUUCUCCAUCCGGUCUUUGGAAACUAAAAUAUUCAAAUGGCAAGCUCCUACAUUCUUGGUCGUCAGCGGGAAAAGAAUCAAGCAAAAAACAAUCGACACCAACAGACGAUACCAAAAAUUUGAUGAGUCGUACCCUCGUUACUUUUUAAAACAAGAGAACAAUUUACAAGUCUGGCAGCACGAGAAUGAUCGCAUCACGUACUGUGUCGUCAUUCGAGAACCUUGGCAAAGCUCCAACAAGAAAAAUUUUGGUGAUGAAUCGACUACAAUUAUAUCAAUUCUGCCUCGAGCUGACUGCUACAAAAGCACACAUAGCGACGUCACAAAGGGCAAACUGGUCUACUUCAACAAUCAAGGAAUGGGGUUGGGGUUUGGUAAUUUGCAGCCAUUGAACAAAAAUGGCAAUCAGAGAUACUACCCGGGUGAUGUUUCAUUGACAAUAGAGGCCAAUUUGGAAUUUGCCGUGUUUCGACACUUGGCUCAACUGACAACAACCAAUCACGCUACUAAUUUCUUUAAACCAUCGUGCCAGAGUCAACUUUGUGCUGAGAAUUUCGAAGAUCGAUUCACAAUCACUGAUCUAGAAGUUUGGGGUAUUGGAUCAAUGAAGGAGUUGGAUGAGCAAAGGCAACAAUGGGAAUGGGAAGAAAAACAGGCCAAUGCUAGACAAAGUGUAAAUUUGCGCAGUAUGGGUGAAGAAAGAGCGUUUUUGGAAAUGGCUGGUUUGGUUGGAAACCAUGGAAAUUACGGAUCAGGAUGA